AUGAAUUUAGGCAAGAUUGACUUGACUCUAUCAACGGUGAGACCUUAUUAUUUGUAUUACCCUCGUGUUCGAGUUGAAAUAACCUCAGUGAUACAGUACUAUAAAUUUUCUGCAACUGUUAGAACUUAUGCUGAUGGAAUUAUCCUUGCUGCAUUAGUAGGAACAAUACCAAUAGUGUAUCGAGGUAAUCGAUUUUGUUUACCGUUAUGUAUUAUGUAUCCAUAUGACUAUCCAUUUACUCCUCCUCUUUUUUUUACUGACCCAACACCAGAAAUGGAAGUUGUUCCAGGACAUCCGUAUGCAAUGCCAAAUACAGUUAUUUGUCAUCCAAUUCUUGAUAGAUGGUCAGAAAAUGUAAAUACACUGAGUGUUUUGCAGGUGUUUGUGAAAGACUUUUCUUGUAUGCCUCCUUUAAGGAUGAAAACGUCUAUGAUAUCUCCGUAUGCAUAUUAUCCCCCGGAACGGUCACCUUAUUACCCAUAUUCUCAAAACUAUAACCAACCAGUUCCAAUUCCUUUAAACCAACCUCUACUUCACCCUUUAGAACGUUCUCAUCAACUACCAUCAAUAUCUUCUAUUUAUGCAACAGAAAGUCAACCUUCUAUCCCACCACCUCAAAUACCACCUCAAAACCAACAACUACCUUCAUUUCAAGGUAAUAUAGAUACUCUUUCUACAAUUGAUGGGUUUGCACCAUUCAAAACAAAAGAACGUGAACGUUCUCAAUUACCUUCCCAUAAGAAUUUAUGUACAAAAUCAAGUGGACCAAUGAUUACCGAUUUAAAAGCAUUUGUACUUGGAAAACAACAACAUAUGAAAGGAAGUUUACCAACUAUAUCACAAAUGGAAGAAUAUGGGACUCGAACAACACUCACUCCUUUAAACACAAAAUAA